AUGAAUCAUACGCGUUACAUGAAUGUAUCGUUUGCCCGCGAUCAGCAUUCUUCGCGAAAGCGUUCAGCAGCGGGCUCCAAAACCGGUCACGACUUUGUCGAGGAGGCGUCAAUAGUCAAUGUUACUGAAAGCACCCGGCCUCUGGCCUUCAGCCUAGAUGCUUCUAGUAAAGUUAAUGGAGAAAUUUACGGCAAUUUAGAGUCUAUUGAGACUGCUGAGGCAUCAGAGACUGCAUCUGAUCCUCUAUCGUUUCAUAUCUUGAUAUAUCCUCUGGCAGACAGAAUGUUUGCUGAAGGUUUGAAAACAUUAGCAAAGGAAAACGCCAAGCGCACGUUCCAGGAUGCAAUAAAAGAGAUUUUCCAUUCGACUACGCCAAGUGACAGAGAUCUAAGAGACAUGGCAGUAAAUUUAACUUUGAAUCAUCUGAGGACUUGA